CCUUAGUCUCACCAGAAGCAUAUCAUAUAACCAAAUAGCAGGUUGAAAUCCUCAUCGGCUAUUAGAGUGCUCAAUAGUUAGACUAGAGCAAUUUAUAACAAUAGAAGUAAAGAGCUGGAUUACUUGGUUCAAGACAUUUACUUGCUACUCAGAGUUUCAAGCUUCUUCCGAAGCAAUCAUCAGGCAACCUGAUGACUGUUUCGAAAGAGGCAUGAAACUCUGGAACCUGAAAUAAGUUUUUGUUUUGGAAAGCUUAAUGUAACGCAAGAAAAGAGAAGAAAGUCUGUCGUUCAGUUCCAGUCUGUUCGCAUAAUCAUAAGAAACGAAAUCUACAUCUAUCGAAACUCUCUUCAUAUCUGGCAAUGAAAUAAGUCUUUUCCCUUGAGACACUUAGGUUUUUGCAGUUUUCGUUUUUCUUAUUCCAGUAAAUUGAUUAAGCAUGGGGCUCCCAAAACAAGCUGGUUCUGGUGUGUGCUAUAUGCUAGUCUGUCUUAUCCGUGAAUUUUGUUCGGUCCUGCGGUGGACUGCAAGCACCGCAACAGAAACUGAAGAUGCCCGAAAAAAUCCAGGGUUUCAAAGACUAGAUUUCCUGAGCUCGAUACUUUACAAUCGAUUCCUGUGGGGGCUCAGAUUUUUUUUCUUUGUCCCAUGCUCGUGUCAUUUUGAUCAAUUCACUUUUCACAUUUCAUUACCGAGCUUAAAAUUCACCAUCUUUAUUCACCUACCACACUAAACUAUUUAUUACACAUUAUUCCCUGCAUAUCUAGGAACUAUACAUAUAUUGUAAAUAAUUGUUAAAGCUUUAAAAAGCGGAAUAAAAAAUCAGAUAAUUGACAUUUCUGUCUCUUUUCCUCUCAUGUGUUUGAUGUUUCCUCCCCUGGUUUCUGUGACAGAUUAUUUGGCUGAAAAUAAGCCUCAAGUAUAACUAUAUAUCGCGUUAGUAAUGGACAUGGGGGCGGAAUAUAAAGUAAGCUAGUUAUUUGCGCUUUCUUUUUCCUUUUUCGUGAAACUUGACAAGGAAUGCUUCGAUAAUAAUGUGACAAUUCAGCACAUCUUUUUUUCCUGUUUCGAACCGAAACCAAAUUUGGUAAAAUACGUGAUCGAAUGAUCCUAUUGGGUAGCCAGCUGGCCUCUGUGUAAGCAACAAACAGAACAGAACUCGUCGCUAUAGGAUUAUUUCAAAGUCAGUCACCAAACAAAGAUGAAUAACAGCAGUGAAGGUGUUAACAUGACCCUGGCUAGUUCACAUGUGUGUUCCAGUACAACUGAGUCUGUCGUAAUCACUUGGAUCAAGAUCGUACUUUAUUUGCUGUUAGUGGUCUUAGCCUUGUGUGGCAAUGUUCUGGUUAUUUGGGUGGUUUACAAGUACAGACGUAUGCAUACAGCUCCAAACUACCUUAUCGUCAAUAUUGCUGUGAGUUGCACUUUUCAUACUUACAAUGUUCAAUUUCAGGUUGGUGAUCUUUUGAUGGCUACUGUGAUCAUGAUCCCCCAGGCAGUCAGCAUGCUUCGAGAUACGCACUCAUGGGUGAAUGACGGUCCGUUUGGUCAGAUAUCCUGCAAAUUGUUCAUGUUCUCGCAAGCAUUAUCAAUAGCCUCUUCGAUAUUCUCUCUCACGGUGCUGGCAUUUGAGCGUUUCUUUGUGGUUGUGUUCCCAUUGUGGAAUAUUAUCACAAUUAAAGGCACAUUACGUUCGAUCAUUGUCAUCUGGGUGGCCACCUUUGCAUUAUCAUCACCAUUACUCUAUGCUGCAAAAGUGCGCCUCAACGAUGCCGUUGCAUUCUGCAUGGAAGAUUGGGCUCCGGCUUUUAAUCCUAAAAGAGCACAGGCAAUCUACACGAUCGUGUCUUUUGUCUUUCUGUACGCCUUACCGUUGUUAAUCAUUGCUGUGUUAUAUUCAGUAAUCGCUGCCAAAGUCUGGAGUAGGCGCACACCAGGAAACACGGCCCUGGCAAACCGUCGAGUGUUACAAGAGUAUAGGAAAAACGUGCUGAAGAUGUCUGUAGCUGUGGUCCUGGCCUUUGCAUUUUGCUGGUUCCUGAUGCACCUGAAUAUGUUGUUGAUAGAUUUUAGCGAUUUAUUCGAGGCUUGUGGCAUCCCUAAAUGGCUUCAAACCACGGGUUUUUUGCUUGGCCACUCAAACAGUGCCAUCAAUUGCUGCAUAUACCCGAUAUUUAGUCAAGGAUAUCGUAAGGGCUUUAAACAGAGUCUGAAGUCUCUAUUUUGGAGACAUGCCAGACCCACCCCAGAAAACCAGGACCAAGAGAGAGCCCCAGAUAUCCCACUGGAAGGUCAGGUGGUAAACUGAGUUAUGUCCGCCCUCAAAGGAGCUAAAUGGAGUAGCUUAAAAUGUAACCGAAAGCUUCUAACUUUCUCUCUAUUUAGACUUUCCUUUCCUGUGUCCUCGCUUCAAUAUUCAGUGUAUAUAAGCUAAUGUUCAGUGAAUCAGCAGGAAAAAUAUCCUUCAAUCUUUUCUCCUUCGAGUUAAAAGUUUAGUUUCUGUAUCAAACAUCCCCGGCCCUUUUAUAUUUCUUUUCUUUUCUUUGUUUGAGUUACUAACGUAAGUAACCCGUACUGCAAUUAACGUAAGUAGCUGUAAGUAACUGUAAGUAGCUGUAUGUUCUUGCAAGUAUUGUUAGUAUUGAAUUGUUAGUAGACUAAAUAUGCGCGAAGCGCACGGCCCAUAAAUCGAAGGGCCGAAAACGAGGAUCCGAAAUUUACAGAACGGACCGAGAAGACGAGGUUAGUAAGAUAUCUAUUAUAUUAUAUCUCUACUGUGUGUUUGACGGGUUCGGGAACGAUUUCUAUUCACGCAGAACGGCUUCAAAUUUCUGACGCACCUCGAAAGCAAAACGAGUCAAGUUAAUGUAAAUAUUGUACUGCAUGUAAGAAGGAUAAAUGAAGUUGUCAGUGGCAUAAAUAGCCCCCACGUAUUGAAAGUAAUGUAAGUAAUUAAGAUUUGCCCCACGGCUAAAGCAACACUGUACAUAUACUCGCGGGAAUCGUUGCUCGCUGCUCGCUUUAAGGACCUUCACAUCAUAUUUCUAACUAAGUGGCGACCAUUUUUAAUUUCAACUUCGAUUAAUUGGUUAUUUGGUGCGAAAACCUCUCUCAGUAUCUACUUGC